CCAUCUCCAAACCCGGUUAAACCACCUAAACAUCCCGUUAAACCACCUAAGCCCCCCACUGCCAAACCACCUACUCACACCCCAAAACCACCCACCGUUAAACCACCUACUCACACCCCAAAACCUCCCACCGUGAAGCCACCACCAUCUCCAUACACCCCACCACCUCCCACUCCAUACACCCCACCACCUCCCACCGUGAAGCCUCCACCACCUCCCACCGUGAAGCCUCCACCACCUCCCACCGUGAAGCCACCACCACCUCCAGCUCCAACACCACCAGUCGUAACCCCACCACCACCGCCAACGCCAACCCCAGAGACGCCAUGUCCUCCACCACCACCUCCACCAACCCCAUGUCCACCUCCCCCUCCACAGCAAGUACCAACACCUAAACCAGAGACUUGUCCAAUCGACGCACUGAAACUAGGCGCUUGUGUGGACGUGCUAGGUGGUUUGAUUCACAUUGGACUAGGGAAAACCUACGCCAAGGCAAAGUGUUGUCCACUUCUUGACGGUUUGGUGGGUCUUGACGCAGCGAUUUGUCUAUGCACAACCAUUAGGGCGAAGCUUCUCAACAUUGACCUCGUUAUUCCCAUUGCUCUUGAGCUUCUUGUCGACUGUGGUAAGACUCCACCUCGUGGCUUCAAGUGUCCAGCUCCAGUAAACAGGGCUCCUCCUGCCUUGGGUUGAUCUCUUUCGUGUUUCAUUUGAUACAAUGAAUAUUAAAAAAAAGGGAUUGAGACGUUAAGAUCUAGUUUCUUCUUUUAUGUUUUGCGAUAGCGAAGACAGUAAUUAGAAGGUUCUAAAUUUCAUUAUAUAUCGCCCUAAAAAUAUCAAGCAAAUUUUUAUGUAAUUGUAAGAUGAUUAUGUACGUUGAAAUAAUGUUAUAUGAAAUUCGAUUUUUAAAGGACAAAUUCAC